GAGCGAGGCCUGAGACAGAGAAGAAGCAGCAUGAAGCUGACUGGGACCAUCCUUAGACUGGAGCGCAGCCGCUGCAGCGCUGACGUCGGGCGUCUGAACGACAUGGUGGUGAUUCCCCUGCGAAGCAGCGCCGCAGACGCGUCGGCCGCCGCCGCCUCGUCGCCGUCUCCGCCGGGCGCGUGCAGGACUCGCUGCUCAAUCUGCGCGGACAGAGCCACGGGGAAACACUACGGGGCGUCCAGCUGCGACGGCUGCAAGGGCUUCUUCCGCAGGAGCGUCCGCAGCAGCCACGCGUACAACUGCCGGUUCAACAGGCAGUGCGUCGUGGACAAAGACAAGCGGAACCAGUGUCGUUACUGCAGGCUGCAAAAGUGCUUCAAGGCUGGAAUGAGAAAGGAAGCCGUUCAGAACGAGAGGGACUGCAUCACCAGCCCCAGAGCCAGGGGCCCGGCGGCGGCGGCGGCGGCGGGCACCCUGUCCAUCAGCGUGCUGCUGCGGGCGGAGGCCGGCGUGCAGCAGGUCCCGGCGCUGCUGUCGCCCAGCGGAGACGACGCCAGGAGGACGGCCCGCGUGGGCGACGUGUUCGAGUCCAUGAAGCACCAACUCCUCCUGCUGGUGGAGUGGGCCAAACACAUCCCGGAGUUCUGCAGCCUCUCCGUGGACGACAGGGUGACGCUGCUGCGGUCCCACUCCGCGGAGCAGCUCAUCCUGGGGGCGGCGAGACGCUCCGUGCCGUACGACAGCGUCAUCCUGCUGGGAAACAACUUCGUGAUCCCGCCCAGAGGCGUGGAGGUGUCCCGUGUGGCGUUCAGGGUCCAGGAGGAGCUGGUCAAACCCUUCAGAGAGCUGGAGAUCACCGACAGGGAGUUCGCCUGCCUCAGAACCAUCGUCUUCUUCGCUCCAGACUGCCCGGGUCUGGAGCGUCCACAGGUGGUUCGGCACCUGCGCCUCCAGGCCCACCUGCUCCUGGAGGAGGCCACGUGUGAGCAGCGGGGGCGGUUCGGGGAGCUGCUGCUCAUCCUGCCGCCGCUGCAGAGCGUGGCGUGGCAGAUGGUGGAGACGCUGCACCUCGCGCAGCUGCUGGGGGAGGCGCGCGUGGACAGCCUGCUGCAGGAGAUGCUGCUGGGGGAGGGGGGCGCUGCGGAGCAGAGGCUGCGUGCAGUCUCUCCUCUUCCUCCAGGCGACAGCUUCCAGAACCAACAAAGCGUCUCCCCUGUCAGCUUCACCUCCGUCAUUUCUCAUGUUCCAGCGUAUGGUGGAAGUCCAGAGGAAACGUUUACCUUUUCCUGACACCGUGUGCUGCACAGAACUGCGUAAGGCGGACCGGGUCAGCGCACGUCGCGCCGGCGCGUUUGGGCUCCACGAAGCCGCGCUGCGUGUGGAUCUGCUGAGGCCUUCACUGGUGGUGGGAGGAAACUUGGAGAGAAACGCGGGGCUGGAAGAGUGUGCCGCUCCUGCUGUGAACAGCUUUACGCUCCUUUAAAUCAGCAGACAAUGGUUUUAUGUGUCAUUUGGGCUUAAUUAGAGAAGAGAUUUAAAGGGCAGCCCCAGGAAACGACUUUGAGGGAACGAGUGUAAAUAAAUAUAAUGUACGUCUCGGCCGGACGUCUGCCAGUGCGUCUGCACUCAGCGGUGCUUUACUGUAAAAUGAAGACUGUUUUGUUGUACUGUGACCGUCCUCAGAUCACAGGACAGGACGCUCUCACUUCCACCACUCGUGCUCACACUCAGACAAUUAAUGAUGCUCUUAGCGUGGCUCCUUGUCGAGCUCGGGUUCCACUCUUCGACUCCACGGCGACACUGCUGUGACGUGGCUUUCCGUCCCAGGGGCUCUAUUGAUCUGUUAAAGACGCACUCUCAGCUGUCAGUGACACUCGUCCAAUCACAGAGCAGCUGUGACCUCCACAGAUCACAGUGUAAAUGCUCCGCUCCUGCUUGUUCCGCUCCUCUGGAGGACGCGGCGUCACUGCUCUUUAAUUAUAGGACGACAGAAACGUUGGAGGAGCUCUAAAAAUAGCAGACAAAAAUCAUGACAAUCUAACUUGUCUGUGUUUUGAACCUGACAUCACAAGCAGCCAGUGAUGAGCGCAGACAUUUGCAGAGCAUUUCCUUCUAAACGCGUUAUAAAUAGAAGAUCAACAUGUUGUGGUCACAGAGACUCACAGAGAAGCAUGGAUUCGAAAUAACAGUGGAAAGUAUUUCAGCGACAGCAGCGCAGCGCACCUUGUCGCUAGUUCAGACUCAAAACACCACGUAAGAGGCUUUAAAACCAAAUUUCCAUCUCCUAUUUCCCUGUGGAAGUGAUACUGCUCCAUAAAUAUCACAUGACGCGAGAGUCGUUCGGUUUAAAGGGAAACUUUAAGUGGAACAUUAUUUGCUUUGAUUUGAUUUUAUUGGUAAGAUUGAACUUACAUUAAAACUUUUAUGAAUCCUAUCAACAUAAUGACUUUAUGGCUCAUGUUUAAAUCAAGUUCUAGUGUUCAUAAAUAAAAAUAAGUCCAAAUGAAGGCGUUUGAGCCGGGACAGUUACUGUAGCAGUACCAGCUUUUUGAAGUAUAAGGAAUGACUGGCAAGAAGAUGGGAAUAAGAUCUGCCGCCAGUUCCAACAAAUCAUCUGCGUUCAGAGAACACGUGGCCGUUUUUUACUCCCGAAUGUAAAUCCAAACAAAGGGAAGGUGCAUUAAACACUGGAAUGGGUCCUUAUUGUUUGCAGACUUGUAGACUUAACCAGGACAAGAACAAAAACAACGUCGGCUUCAAGCGCUUUCAGGAACUUAAGUGCGCUGUCCAAUAAAUCAGCGUUUAAGCGGUGGAGACGGACAGAACCUGGGACGUCUGGACGAAGGCGGGCUUCAGAAAGCGCUGGGUUCUGUAUAAAGUGCCGUCCUUGCUAAAGCUGCACAGACAAUAUGGACCCAGUGCCACCUUAUCUUCAGUAUACAGUUCUUGAGCAUCCUUUGAUGAGAGGCCCUCUUUGCUUCAAGAGUCUUGUGUGGUCCCUUCAGGGAACAUGGGAAAUAUAAAUCUCUCUCCAUGUUCUCGUGCCACAGAACUUCUAGUUUCAACAAGAGACUAAUUAGACUGACCAGGUCCUGAUGCAAAACAAAUGCUGGUGGUUAAACAUUGGAUUUAAACGUGGUCGUCUCCAUCUCUCCUCCUCCCAGUGAUGUAAAUCAGUGGGUGUUAGAGUGAACAAACAGGCUAAUGGUGGAGGUCAGUAACCAAAUGUAAUGUUCUCUGAACUGAUGGAAAAGUGUGUGCGUGUCCUUCGAGCACUCGGACCUGAUGCCAUUUGAUCCAAGCAUUAAAUUGUGGCGUAAAAAAGAUCGUAGUGAAAGAAAUCCCUGAUUCUGGUCCCACUGGAUGGACACAAUGUGAAAUUCCUUCAUAAAACUGAUUUUAAAAGCCCCAGAACGUUUAUAGUU